UUCAUAGAAUAAUAAUUUAUUAUGGAUCACUACAGUAAUAUUUACUUUGCUAAACAAGCAAAGACAUUGGAGCUGUUCACAAUCUUUAGACUUGUGAAUUUAGCCUCUAUAAUUGUUGUUGGCGGAGGUCUCUGGUGGUUCUGGGAAAAUCCAACUGUCCAAGUUGAAGGACCAGCUGCUGUAUUCAUCCCAAUGAUUCCAAGUGUAUUAUUUCAGAUUCUUCCAUCAAUUAGGUUCAACCCUCUGUUCAGACUUGUUGUCUGGUUUUACGAUGUUCUUUUCUUCAUCUUUGUAAUGGGAGCUUUGAGCUUGAUUAUCCAACAGUGGGACUACAACAGUGGAUUAACAGAUUUCCUGUCAGCUCUCUCCAUCAUCGGUCCAAAUAUCCUAAUGAACGGAACCUUAUCAUUAGCUAUGAACUACUCUGUCAAACCUCCUCAGGUGCAAUACGUCAUGAUUCCACAAGCCCACCAAAGAAUGCAGAAAUUGAUGGUUUAGACGCUGCUUGGAGGUUCCAUCAUCAGAAAGAUGCAUAUCUUAAU